AUGAAUCAGGACUCUCAAAUCAGGACAGGCACCAUCAAAAACAUAAAAAAACAAGCUCAGAGUCUCCACAAAUUAAUUGAUCAGAGGGUAGAGACACUGAUAUCAGAGGUGAAUUCUGCUUACGACAACAGGAAAAGGCAGAGGGAGAAAAACAAGGACAUCCUUGAACUCCACCAUAUUUCCUUGUACAGUGCCUGUGACUUUGCCCAGGAACUCAUCGUUAAUGCCACUGACUCUGAUGUCAUGGUUCAUGCAAAAUCUCUGAUAGAAAGACUGGAAGAAAUGGAGAAAACACCUGUCCCAUCUCCAGACACACCUACACAGAUAUUGUACAGCCAAGGUAAGAUAUCUACUGCCGGACUGAUAGCCAUGUUAGGACAGGUGACAGUACAAUCACAACGUUCAUUACCUGGGGAGGGAACAAAUCCAACACCACAUCCUCAUGUUUUCUUAGAGAAGGCAGAAUGUGUACAUUCCUUCAGUUCUAAGCUGAAAGAUGACAGAAAAAUUGCCAUACAUGGGUUAGCCAUAGAUAUGGAACAAAUGUUUGUUGUGGAUAAUGAAAACAACAGAACAAAAAUGUUCACACAUGCUGGAGAGUUCAAGCACAACAUUGAAAUAAGCAGUCCAUUUCACGUGGCUGUGUCACAGACUGGUCAACCGUAUAUAACAUCAGUAAAUGACAAAUAUGUGAAAGUGUUCUCCACUAGAGGUCAGCCGCUGGCAACCGUGGGUCAGGAUCAACUGAAGGAGCCAUGGGGUAUUACGCUGAACAAACAAGGUCAUGUGAUGAUUUGUGACAGAGGAAAGAAAUGCAUCUUGUCAUUCCAUGCAGACAGCGGGCAGCUUCUGAACACUAUUCCACUCAGUAUGUGUGAAUGCCCAGAGUACAUCACAGUGAACAAUGUAAAUGAUAACAUUGUGAUAUCAGACUGGGGCAGUAGCUGUGUACAUGUGCUGUCACCAUUUGGGAAUCAGCUGUACCAGUAUGGGACAUAUUGCAGUGGUGUUGGUCAAAUGUUGAUAUCACAGGGAGUUUGCACAGACAGAUAUGGUCACAUCUUCAUUGCUGACAGGGAUAACAACAGGAUAGUGGCGCUGAGUCCACAGGGACAGUUCAUCAGAUACAUUGCCACUCACCGUGAUGGAAUGGAGCGUCCCGUAGCAUUAGCCAUCAACCCUGCUGACCAGCUGAUGGUGGCAGAGAGAAAGGGCAAUGUUAAGACAUUCCAGUACUUACAAUAA